CCGGCCCCGAUUGGCCCAGGCAGGCGGCCAAGUCCAGAAGCUUCUGCAAAGGGGCGGCGGGGUGGGGGGCCGGACCCGUAUAUAGCGGGGGGGGGCGCCGGGCCGGAGCGUAGCCACAGCUGGGGCGCAGGGACCUACCCGGGGCGCACGGAGCCAAGCCAAGAUGUCGAAGGGCCAAGCUGUAGGCAUUGACCUGGGCACCACCUACUCCUGCGUGGGGGUUUUCCAGCAUGGCAAAGUGGAGAUCAUUGCCAACGACCAGGGCAACCGCACCACGCCCAGCUAUGUGGCCUUCACAGACACCGAACGCCUCAUCGGGGACGCCGCCAAGAACCAGGUGGCCAUGAACCCCACCAACACCGUCUUCGAUGCCAAGCGCCUGAUUGGCCGGCGCUACGACGACCCGGUGGUGCAGUCGGACAUGAAGCACUGGCCCUUCCAGGUGAUCAACGACGGGGGUCGGCCCAAGGUGCAGGUGGAAUACAAGGGUGAGACCAAGACCUUCUACGCCGAGGAGAUCUCCUCCAUGGUGCUCACCAAGAUGAAGGAGAUUGCCGAGGCCUACCUGGGCAAGGGUUUGAACCUGUGGCACCAGAGCGCCCACCGUGGGCUGGAGGAGGCGCUCCGAUAG